UUCUUCCCCCCGCUGCAGUUUAUAUUCCUGACACCUACCUUCUGCAAUCUUUCAUCCAAAGAGUCCCAGCUCGGAAUAUUGCCCCUCAAAAAAUGGUGAUCGGAGAACUAGCUUGUUUGGCCCCGAACUUUCAGACUUCUCAUUCGAAGUCGCUCGAUGGUUCAACCAUAGCAUUGCCCAUCGAUGGUUUGGCUACCAACAUAAAUGGCAAUACCGCUGGCUGCGAUUAUCCACCUUCCAUCGAUUCCUCGCCCGCCCUCCACCCUUUCCUUUCCAAUGAAAGUGGUCUCACUCCCAUUGAUCUGGAUUCGCUCUGCGAAGAUUUUGACGCUUCUUUUGACGCUUUUUCCAGCGAUCAGUUCCGCAUCUUCGAGUUUAAGAUCCGCAAAUGCGCGCGUUCCCGGUCACAUGACUGGACGGAGUGUCCGUACGCCCACCCCAGCGAGAAGGCUCGCCGGAGAGAUCCUCGGAAAUAUCACUACUCCGGCACCGCAUGUCCCGAGUUUCGCAAAGGUAACUGCAAGAAAGGUGACUCGUGCGAGUUUUCUCAUGGGGUGUUUGAAUGCUGGCUCCACCCCUCUCGCUACAGGACCCAGUUCUGCAAGGACGGAACAAAUUGUCGCCGCCGGGUGUGCUUCUUCGCUCAUACUCCUGAACAGUUGCGGUUCCUCGCUAACGGGUCGGGCGAAUCAUUGGAGGGAUCGCCGAUUUGUCACGCUUCCUUCGUUUCAUCGCCGACAUCUGUACUCCAACCGUCGCCGAUCUCUUCAUUAGCCGAGUCCCCACCCACAUCGCCCCGAAAUCCCCGACACGGCGGGAUUGAAGUAAGCGGCUCCAUGCGUAAUGUUCAAAGUGAUAAGCCGCCUCCAACUCGUGUUCUCUUCAUGCGCGAUGGGUUCGGUUCACCUCACGGGAUCCAUACGGGUUUGGUGCUUGGUUCGCCCCGUGGUUCGAAUCUCCGACCUGGGUGUUUUAGCCCCGCAUCGACUACGACUCGGACAAUAACGAGAUCUGGGCUUAGCACCGUGGACAAGUGGGAUCAAAGCUGCCAAGAAGAACCCGCCAUGGAAAGGGUCGAAUCUGGAAGAGAACUUAGAGCCAAAAUGUACGCUAGGCUCUGUAAGGAGAACUCAUUCGGGAGGAGCAACGCGCAGUUUUCUGGAGUGUUCUGACCUGGAAAGAUUUGUAUUCAUUAUCAUAAAAUUUCCUGUGUAUAGCUGAGAUGGAAGUCGAGCAGAGACUCUUUUUUAUUUUUUGGUUUCGUGAUUUUUUGGAACAUUUUCUCUGUGCAAUUGAUUUCUUAUUGCUGCCAAAUAUGUGAAAUCAAUUUACCGUGUAACUUUUGUAUGUCCAUAUGUUCAUGUCAAUUGUCGGUGACGAAAUGUAUUUUCUUGCAGAUGAAUAAUUUUUUUGAAUUA